AUGGACAAUCUCUGUGUUCGACCUGGUCAAUACGUUGAUCUAUACCAGUGUGAUACACCUGCGGUACAUACACGGAGGAGCGAGAUUGUGGAGACAUAUGCUAACUUCUGGAAGGCCAAACAUAUCACCUUGUACCCUGUCGGAAGCACUCAAUCACUUGCAGGUCGCCUAACCUCCGACUAUAUGCAGCCAAAUUUUGGCUCCUCGGAUUCUCAAUGGCCGUUGCAUGUUGAUGACACUCUUGUGCUGUAUUCCAGCGACCUUUCUGCGGCAACAUUUGAAGUUAUGGACAUUGUGCCCCAUGACUAUGGAAUGGUAACUCCUGAAACAAUCGUUUCUAUCACCAACUUUGAGGAACACAGAACGGAUUAUCUCGCUAUGGAUGACUCACUCAGCUGUGCCCGGGAAAUCCAAAAGUCGAUCGAUUUUUUUGAUAACACGGAUAGCACAAAUUCCCUGGCGGCAUUGGCUAGUGGGGUGAAAAGGCUCAUCGAACUACUACAGCCUCCACCAGCCUACAGUGAGUGA